UGGCGCGAGGUAAAACGGCUGAGGUUUUUCGUUUUCUGGAUAGACCGACUCGAAGUUUUGUUGCUGAAGAGUCAUCUCCGGUACGAGCCAAGAUGCGUUUAUUAUUCAUUAUUGGUGUUCUCACGUUUUACGCGACGAUCAAUUCUGAAGCUAACUCCGUUUCAUUAAAAGAUGAAAGAAGGAAAGAAAGUCAACAGUUCGUCGUCGAUCUAGCGAGGAAUUUCUCAUCUUUCUAUUUCCAGGUAAGCGCGGUAUUUUCAGUCCCUGAGCGAAUCGUUUCGCCUCUGAGCAUUUUCAUCCCCAUGUCCAUGCUAGCUUAUGGAGCUCGAGGACGAACCAAGGACACUUAUCUCAAGGCGAUUGGACUUCCAAAAUCAAAAACUUCGUUGGCUAAAGUUGGUUACGAGAUAUUCUUGGACAAUUUAGCAAAAUACGACGUACAGAUGAAAACGAAAAUAUUCGUUCCAUCUGACUUCGAAGUGAAAUCCGGAUUCGAAAAAACGACGAAGAAAGUGUUCAAGGUGGAAUAUGAGAAGGUUCCUGUCACCGAUGGAUUCAUGGAUAGCGGGAAAAUAAACGAAUGGGUGGCCGCUCAAACUCACAACAAUGUGACAAAAUUAUUUGAAUCUCAACGUAUCGGUCCUGAUCCGAAUAUGGUUCUCGUCAACACUGUUUACUUCAAGGGAACUUGGCAGAAAGCAUUCAACAAAUCUCUCACCGAAUUAAGGCCGUUCCAUCCCCUUAACUCGGAACGAUCAGUCGACGUUCCUACCAUGUAUACGGAAGGCCGUUUCCGGUACGGUCGAAUGGAUGGAUUCAAUGCAUCGUUCAUCGAACUUCCUUACAAGAGCAACAGCGAAAACGAAACGAUGAGCAUGUUCAUAAUACUUCCCGACGAUAAGAAAUGGGAUGACUGGAAGUGGUUAGUGUAUGAAUUAAGGAACAUGAAUCUGAACAAACUUUUGAAUAGUACAGAAAAAGACGUCAAGCUCUAUCUCCCGAAAUUCAAAAUCGAAAUAAAUCAAUCGCUGACCAGGAUCAUCGACCGGAUUUUAAAUCCGGACUUAUCGAAGAUCGAGAACCACGUUGAUAGUGCCCCUUCGGUAGCUGCGUUGCGUGCGCGGCAGGCCGCAGAGCUCGAGAGAUUUAUUGGUUUUCCGAGUCCUAGGCAAAAACGAGGGGCGAAGGCGGACCGUCCCAAGCCAGCGAGGUUCUCCGGAUUUUUCAAGCAUCCCAAACCGAUGAAGCUGGGCGAGACCGCGACGAAAAUUGUGAUCGAGGUCGGUGAAGAGGGCCAAGAAACUGCCGAAUCAAGUGGAAUUUCCUAUAAUGCGUUCGAAGCCUCUUCGGAUCGAAAAACUCGUUCGGCUAACCUAGAGCUUAUCGAAUUCAAAGUGGAUCGUCCUUUUAUCGCGAUCGUCGCACUCAAGGGCCGAAUUCUUACUGACAUAUUCUCCAUCAACUUCAAUGGCUUUACGUUUAUCCCCGAAGAUGCUACCUUCUGGUGAUGAAAGUUCAACUGACUGGAUGGAACAUGGAAAAAAGAAAGUUUUAAACAAGUUAACACAAUUUUCCAAACGUCGAGCCAAUUAUGACUGUUUCAUCAUUCGAAGAAGACUAUUUCCAUUGGAAUUCCAAUGUACAUAAAUAAACACCGAAAGUGUAGAAU